ACCACUUGGGUCAUUUGUGUAAAAUUCCCAUCUCCGCUCCCAUCGGCAAAUUUCGCCGUCUCUGUCGGAUUUUUUCUUCGUCUCCGACUGUCCAGGGUGAGGUUUUUCUCUCUCUCCUCCGUCCUCCGUGUGGGUGUCGCGGGUUUUUCCUUUUCCGGCCGCGGCGAGGCCGAGCAGUCACUGGGCUUUGAAGUCUUCGGCGUUGCGAGCACAAAAUUUGCUGAGGCUUUCUUCGAGUCCAUUUGGUUGCUGCAAAUAGAAGAACCAUUGAUUCUGUUCUGUUUGUUGUGUUUCCGUUGCUUUGAGAUCAGGGAAAGAAGUUCAAAAGGCUGAGAUGACUGUUUUUCGAGCAUGGUAUUCGUUAUCCAGAAGAAGCUUCUCGACAGCUUCUUCUUCUUCUUCCUGUCCUCUGCAUGUUUGCAUCGUUGGAAGUGGUCCUGCUGGUUUCUAUACUGCCGAUAAGUUACUGAAGGCGCAUAAAGGAGCACGAGUAGACAUAAUUGAUCGAUUACCCACACCUUUUGGACUUGUUCGAUCUGGUGUUGCACCUGAUCAUUCUGAAACUAAGAUUGUGAUUAAUCAGUUCUCACGUGUGGCACAACAUGAGCGUUGCUCUUUCUUCGGGAAUGUAAUGCUUGGUUCAGCUUUAUCACUUUCUGAGCUGCGGGAGUUGUAUCAUGUGGUUGUACUCGCAUAUGGUGCUGAAAGUGAAAGAGAUCUUGGUAUUCCGGGGGAGAAUCUGAAAGGGAUACACUCUUCGAGAGAAUUUGUCUGGUGGUAUAAUGGGCAUCCAGACUGCAGGAAUUUAAACCCCGACUUGAAGAAGACCGAUACAGCUGUUGUCCUUGGUCAGGGCAAUGUAGCUCUUGAUAUUGCUCGAAUUCUUUUACGACCUAAGACAGAACUGGCGUCAACUGAUAUUGCUGACCAUGCUCUGUCUGCACUUGAGGAAAGUUCCAUAAGGAAGGUGUACCUGAUCGGAAGACGAGGACCAGUUCAAGCAGCAUGGACUGCUAAGGAGCUACGAGAAAUUCUCGGGAUGAAGAACUUGCACAUUAAAAUAAACCAAGCAGACUUACUUGUUACACCUGUUGAUGAGGAAGAAAUGAAAAAAAGUAGAAUCAGAAAGAGGACCUAUGAGUUACUGUCCAAGGCCGCGACAGCAGCAGCCACAGAAUCUUCCCAUCCAGGCCCAGGUCCUCGUGAACUGCAUUUGGUUUUCUUCCGCAAACCUGACCAGUUUUUAGAAUCAGAUGAAAGGACGGGUCAUGUAUCUGGUGUGCAGUUGGAGAAAACAAUUCUUGAAAGUGAUGGCACUGGGAGGCAAAUUGCAGUUGGAACUGGACAACAUGAGUAUCUUCACUGCGGUAUGGUGGUAAAGAGCAUUGGCUACAAAUCAGUACCGGUUGAAGGGUUACCGUUUGAUCACCAGAAAGGUGUUGUCCCGAAUAUAAGAGGCCGAGUUCUUACCCAUGCCUCGAGAGAAGAAUCGCAAAGUGAGCCAGGCUUAUACGUAUGUGGAUGGCUGAAAAGAGGACCGACCGGCAUAAUUGGCACAAAUCUUCAGUGCGCCGAAGAAACAGUUGGUAGUAUAAGUGAAGAUGUCGUAAAAGGCCAAAUAGCUAUAGCAACGGGGUCGAAGGCCGGGGGCGAAGGACUACGACAAUUACUCGAGGCACGGAACGUGAAGAUCGUACCGUUCAAAGGGUGGGAGAAAAUCGACGCGGAAGAGAAACGGUUAGGGAGUGAGAGAAACAAACCUCGAGAGAAAUUGGUUUCAUGGGAAGACCUCUUAGCCGUGGGCACCACUUGACAUGGGAUGGGUUUUUUUUUUAUGUCUUAGGGUUUAGCAAACUAUUUUUAAUUUAUUUAAAUUUGUUGUAUGAUUGAUAAACAAUAAUAAUAAGUGUUAUCUUUUUAUUCGAUUCGAUAUAAACAGUAAUAUUUUAUGGAUA